GCUGUAGAGGUCUACACUUUCCAGACUCCACCAGCAAAAUGGCGACCUCUCUAGCUCGCAACUCCAGAAGAGCCCUUGCCUCAGCUCUAUCAACUCACCGCCACGUCGCCUCCCGGUGUUUUUCCACCGAGUCGGCCAAAACGAUCACUUCAUCGGCGGAUCGAAUCAAGUGGGACUACAGGGGCCAGAGGAAGAUAAUUCCGCUCGGGCCGUGGGUUCCCAAGGUUGCCGUUGAUGCCUACGUCGCGCCCAAUGUUGUUCUUGCCGGCCAGAUCACCGUUAACGAUGGGGCAUCCGUGUGGAAUGGCGCUGUCCUGCGUGGCGAUCUCAACAAGAUCACCGUCGGUUUCUGUUCUAAUGUACAGGAGCGUUGCGUCGUUCACGCUGCUGCUUCCUCUCCUACAGGAUUGCCGGCAGAGACAUCAAUUGAGAGGUUUGUCACUGUUGGCGCAUACUGCCUCCUGAGAUCGUGUACAAUUGAACCCGAGUGCAUUAUUGGGCAGCACUCUAUUCUUACGGAAGGUUCAUUGGUGGAGACUCACUCUAUCCUUGAAGCUGGGUCCGUGGUUCCCCCAGGUAGGAGAAUUCCAACUGGGGAGCUUUGGGCAGGAAAUCCAGCAAGGUUUGUUCGAACUCUAACCCAUGAAGAAACCUUAGAAAUCCCUAAACUUGCAGUGGCCAUUAAUGAUCUGAGCAAAGAACAUUUCUCAGAGUUCCUUCCCUACUCCACAGCAUAUUUGGAACUAGAAAAAUUCAAGAAAUCUCUGGGAAUUACAAUCUGAUUCAUUUUUGUUGUCAUAUUUACAUGUAUCUGGUUAACUAGAGUUUUCCUGGAGAGGAAAUAAGCACAGCCCAAGAACAUCUAGAACCAUGCUUUCAUCUGUGUAUUUGAUCAUGGUGGUUUCUGGCUGUUGAAAGUACUUAGUACUCGUGAGUUCCAAUCCGGUGGAUUGCAGUUGAGACUGAAGGCACUUGUGUAAUUUCUUAUGUUUGCUAUAUUUGAUUCCAGUUUUUGCAGUUGUUGAAUGUUGUGGAACUGGAAAAAGAUGUCUAAAAUCAUCUUUGUUUAGCCAUUUCUUUGAAUCUGUUGAGCACCUCCUUCAUAAGCUAAAGGAGAAUUUUACUAUUAUGAUGCGGGGCUGGUUUGAAUACUGUUU